CACUACUCAAGGCCACAGUAAGUAGGAUCAGCUUGCAAUUCAGUAGCUCCUCUCGAUCACACUCUCGCUGCUUCGCGGUCUCACCAAAGGAAUCGGCCAUGAGGAAGAGCUCGGCCUUCGCCGUCCUCCUCCUCGCGAUGCUCGCGGUCCAGCAGCUGGCCGUGCAGGCCGACAUCGAGUGCUCCGACGUGCUCAGCGGCCUGUCACCGUGCCUCGGCUUCGUGGAGGGCGACGUGGACCACCCCUCCAGCGAAUGCUGCGACGGCGUGACUACCACCUACGCGGCCGCGGACACCACGACCGACAGGCAGGCGAUGUGCGAGUGCCUCAAGUCGGCCUACGACCGGGUCAACGCCGACCUCUCCGCCGCGCAGGCCCUGCCGGCCGACUGCGGCCUCUCGCUGUCCUACACCAUCUCCCCCGACUUCGACUGCUCCACGAUUGAAUGAAGGAGCCCUGUGCCCAUAUCCAUGGUGAUGAUCAGUGCCCAAUGUCUCAGCUGCAUUGUGUUAUUAGAAUUUGGUGAUGUAGCCGGUACUCUCCUGUAAGCGUGUGCCAUUGUUGGCUUCUCCUCUGUGCCAAUAUCGUCUGUACCUGUGUAUGUUCACAAAUCCACAUAUGUAUGAGUUGCUUUCAAUACAUUUUUAGAUAAUGGAAUAUAAAACAUAUCUCGGUCC